AUGUCAGCCUUAGGUCCCAAGGACUCGUCAAGGCAGUUGAUUGCGCAACUUGAGGCCAAGGGAAUCAGAACUUCGACUUGUAUAUUUCGCAAAUCACCUACUCCGUCCUCGUACAUUAUUAAGAGCAAUGCAUCCGGUUCUCGAACAAUUAUUUCGGUUAGCACUAUUGAGGAUAUUUCGCGGGACGAAUUCAUACGGAAAUUCGAAAUGGCUAGUCUUACCAAAACGCUGGCGUUUGAAUCUGACGGCAAGGCGCCGUUCAAAUGGAUACAUUUCGAGGGUCGAAACGUUACUCAGGCAGGCGAUGUUGUGUUCUUUUCCAAACUAUUUGCCGAGCGGCGUGGAUAUAGCCACCCUGCUGAUUUUCUGCGCUCUGUACGUCCACGCUGCAAACCACAGGCUGUGUUAUACUGUACCUGGGGAUCGCGUGGUGCGACAUGCUUACAGCCUAAUGACGAGGAACUUCAUACACCUGCACCUCUUGUGUCCCAGGUAAUGGAUUCUAUCGGUGCAGGUGACACCUUUAUCGCCGGCAUAAUGUUCAUGCAAAUGCGGGGUAUGCCUUACUUGUCGUCAUUGAAGUUUGCUUGCGAGCUUGCGAGCUGUAAGGUAGCGCAAGAAGGAUUUGAUGGUCUGGCUGUUGCCAUGGCAAACAAGAAAGUGUGGGAUACACAGUCUCUGCCGCUGCCACCGUCUAGGAUAUCGUCUAUGAUCCGAAAAUACAGCGAUUCUGAUGUUGUCCGUCCCAGAGACGAAGCGAACGAACUUGAUAGGGAUGAGGAAGGGCAAACAAUUAACGAACGCCUUUCGUCGCUCUCGUUUUCGUCUUCAAAGCCACUUCUAUAA